AUUGCCGCAUGGAAUAAUUUAAUGGUAACCACUGAGUGUAUAUAUAGCUUAUAUGCAACAUCAGAGGGUCCUCAACCAAUACUCCUCUCUCAGUACACAUCUUUUAAAAGCUCAAACAAAAAGAGACCAACCUAAUUUGAGUAGAUCUAGAGGAGUGUUUGGUUCUUUAACAAAACAAAAAUGGCUAAGUCAUGUGGAGCUCUCUUCCUCUUGGCCCUCGUUGUCUUCUCCUUGCUUCAAACCAUGGUAAUGGCCUCAAGUGGAUCUGGAGGGAAGUAUAACCCAAAACGUUAUGGACCAGGAAGCCUGAAACGUUCCCAAUGCCCAAAGGAGUGUGAUAGGAGGUGUAGCCAGACACAGUACCACAACGCCUGCAUUUUGUUCUGCAACAAAUGCUGCAGAAAGUGUUUGUGUGUGCCUCCGGGUUACUAUGGGAACAAACAAGUUUGCUCUUGCUACAACAACUGGAAAACUCAACAGGGUGGACCAAAAUGCCCUUGAAAAUCUCCCAACCGUUUUAACAUUAUCGUUCCUUUUUUAUAAUAAAAGUUUUCGAUGAUGGUUAUGUUUCACUUUGAUCAACUGUUAUUUCUCUUUUUGUUUCUCGUUAUUUUAUUCCUAAGGUUGUAAUGUUAUGUCACUCCUUUGGGAUUUUGUUUGUUUUAAAUCCUUAAAAGAAUAUGAGAGUGGCCUAUGAAUUAAUGAUAUUUUCAUAAAUA